AUGUCCUCACCGCCACCAAACCCACCAAAUCCGAACCCCCUAAAGCGCACCUCUAUCUCCAGCGCUUCAACCGGCCAUCAGUCCAAACGCCCUCGCAUGCACCCCCUCCGUCAGACCUCCUUCCCCGUCGACCCGGAUCUCCGAGCCUUCAGCGCAACCGCCACCAGCGAUGCAGGCAGUGUGACGGGGAGCUUCACGGGAAGCGUAGGUGGCGCGAGUGCAGAUGGGGUAUUUAAACGCAAACGAGGCCGGAAGAGUAAAGCUGAAAAGGAGCGCGAGAGGGAGAGGGAACGCGAACAAGAGCGGGAACGCCAGAGGGAUAGCGAGGAUAUGGUUAGUGUUGCUAGGGGCGGGGCAGCGAGUACAGCUGGAGGCGCAGGGGGGAACAAUGGGGGCGAAGAUGGCGACGAGGAGGAUGAUUUUGAUGACGAGGGGGACUUGUUAGGGAGAGAGGAUGGGGGGGAACGCGAGGAUGUGGAAGGGGAGAGAAAGAAUCUUGCAUUGCUGGUGGAUGCAUUUAAUCCGUUACAAUCUGAGCGAUAUGAUUUGUUUAAACGGGCAAAAUUAAGAAAGGAGACGCUGCGGCGGAUUGUCAAUCACGCGCUCUCACAGUCUGUCCCGGCCAGCGUGGUGACUACUAUCAAUGGAUUUACAAAGGUGUUUGCUGGAGAGAUAAUUGAAAAGGCACGAACAGUGCAGAAGGAAUGGGCCGAGGCACAUGAUCAAGCAGCAUUGGCAAGGCUCGUGAAGGAAGAAGCGGCGGCAGACGGAACAAGUGAUGCUGCCGCCAAUAAUGAAGCUCAUCCGGCAGUGAAACAAGAGCCGGUAGACACGAACACGGACACGAACACUGUUGGUGCGUUUCGGGUUUCGGCACCUGGCGGAAGCGCCAGAGUAAAGCUCCCGCCCAACCCCCACCGCGGGCAGCUGCUCCCUUCCCAUCUCAGAGAAGCGCUCCGACGGUAUAAACGAGAUGGCGAGGGCGGGGGCGUCGGGUUCUCAGGGCUGAGUCUGGGGAAUUUGGGGGUACGAGGGUCGGUUACUUGGAGUGCAGGCAGUGUUGGAGGACGGCGGCUGUUCCGAUGA